GUGCGACUUAUCACACUACACCGCCGGCCGUCUUGCUGAAGUCGUGUGAUCCGCGGGCGAAACCGUUACUCCGACGGGAGUUCGUGAUAGGUACGUGUUUUUUAUUUAAGAARUUAAAAAUGUAUACAAAUCGUUCGAUCGCUGUUGCACACCAUCGUAUACAGUUCGCUCUUGAUAAAACAUUUUAGUAAUCGGUAUAUUAUAUUAUACAAUAGAUUAUUAAAAUAAUAUUAUUAUUGUUAUUGUUUUAAGCAAUCAAAUAAUAUGAUACAAUAUAAUAUUAUUAUGUGAUAAUAUCUCCCGGACGAUAUCACCGAUUUCUUUAUAUCGACGAAAGACGCAUUCUGACACUGUCAUAAAUCAUAUUAUUAUUAUUAUUUUAAUAAUAUUAUUAAAACCGUUGUUGUUGUCUCCGUUAUUGUUGGUGUACGAGAAAACUAUGUCACGGCGAGCCAGUGCGAUCUUCAGUGGACGAACAAUAAUAUUAUUUAUAAACGAUAUUGUUUAAUUUACAACUUUUUGAAACGAACGGAAUGAACGCUCUACUAUAUCUAUUCACGCUGUACAUACUUGAAUGUGUUGGCUUAAGGGACUUGCAAAUCCACGUCCCAGUGGCAGUGCGAUCUGGAUCCAUACUGCGAAUGAAUUGCACAUACGAUUUGGAAAAUACGGCACUGUAUUCAAUAAAAUGGUAUCUGAGGGAUCAAGAAUUCUAUCGAUACGUGCCAAAAGAAUCACCUCCCACCCGUGUUUUUCCAAUGCCCGGAAUUAUAGUUAAUGUACAAGAAUCCGACGAAAAUCAGGUAACCAUUGUGAACGUCCAAAGAGAAUUGACGGGAUAUUAUAAAUGCGAAGUCUCAGCGGACGCGCCUCUAUUCCACACCGGUAUUAAGACAAAACUAACAUACGUCACAAAUGAACCAUCGUCCCCUCCAACGUUGCAGUCGAACAGAAUGAAGUACUCAGCGGGUGAUCUAAUUAACGUCAGUUGCAUUGCAGGCGAAAGCUAUCCAGCUGUCAAUAUUAGUUGGUUCUUAAAUAAUCAAACGGUAUUUUUCCAUAUUUCAUUUAAUUUAUGUCAUUGAAACUCAA